UUUGUCUACAUAACUUGUCUUGUAUGUGGAUAUAAUAACAUUUUUUAUUGAGUGCAUCAAAUUUGGGCUGGAUGUUUACUAGCUGAAGGGUCCUGGAUCUAGGACAUUUAUAUAAUGGGAAAAGGAUGAUAUAGUUAACUACCAAAUACACUGAAAUAGGAAAAUAUUUUUUAAAACAUGGCACCCCUCUCUUUAGAUCAAGAGAAUUAUGUCCGGCUAUGUUUGUUGCUAAAUGGAGUGUCGCCGAGGGCGGUCCGUUCUUUUUUUUAUGGAAAAUUUCCACCAACCACUCUUUCUUCAACACUGAAUACCUCCAGAACCAUUCUCCUAAAUUUGUCUAAGAAGCGAAUUUUGAACCAGGCCCAAUGGGAUCUCCUGUUUCCAAGAAAUGGUUCACUUGAUUCAACAAAAUUUGAUUUAUCCUUAAUGAUCUGUUUGAUCAGAAACUUGACAUCUAUCACUCCUCCAAUCAAUGGAUUUGACGAUCUACCACUUCAAUUCGAGGAAACUCCAGGAUCUGAUCUUGCAAGAAUAAAAUGGUAUAGGAAUAUCAUCGCUCAUCUUGAUAGUGAUACAAUAGACACCACAUAUUUCAAUAUAGCAUGGAGUGAUAUAUCUAAUGCUUUAAACCGAUUAGCUGGUCCAAUAAUAUACCAAGAAUGUCAAGGGUUAAAAGAAAAACCAAUAGAUCAGUCAUAUCAUGAAAUUAUGUUGGAAUUCAGACAAACACAAAAUGAGAUUAUUUACAUGAGAACAACGUUGGACAGAGUAACAGAUUAUCAAAGAGAGUUACAAGACUCCUGCCAAACCUUGCAAAAUGAACACUUGAAUGUGACAAAAAAUGUUGCAAGUUUAGAAGAAUCUGAUAGAUCAAGGCAGAUAUCAAUAGACAAUUUGAGUAACACGUUUUCAGUUGCCAGAAAGGAAACGAUACCUUGGAACAUAAAAGAUCAAAUGAAUAAAGAAUUAGAAACCUGGAAAACAGAUGACAUAAUGUUCGUAGAAACAAAUGCAGCAAAAAGGGUAUUGAGAUAUGUAAAAGUAAAUGGCUGUGUUGUCAUAACUGGCAGUUUCGGAAUGGGAAAAACAUCAUUGGCGCGUCACGUAGCUUUGCAAAUGCAACAAGAAGGAUAUGUUAUUUUACCUGUUACAAACCCAAAUGAAAUUGUCAGUUUUUACAAUCCACUUACGAAAAACCAAGUUUUUGUUGUAGAUGAUUUUUGUGGAACAUAUACUUUGAAUAAAAUAAAUUUUGAAAGUUGGAAAAGUAACAUGCAAAAAAUCCAAAAAUGGGUAUCGAAAGGAGUCUGGUUAAUUAUGACUAGUAGACUGCAGGUUUAUAAGGAUGAAAAAUUAAAAGCUUUGUCCUUUAUUCAAUCUUGUGAAUGUAAUCUCUUGUCUGAAAAUAUGUGUUUGUCGGGGACAGAAAAACAAUUAAUAGCGGAAUUGUAUUUGAAAGCAAUGUCUUCAAAGAUUCAGACAUUUCGGGACAUGUUUGACUGUUUUCCUCUCUUAUGCCAAUUGUUUAGUAAAAACACAAAUAUGUGCAUUAUAAACUUCUUUACGAAUCCAUUUACAGUUUACAAAACAGAGUUAGAUAAUUUAAAGCAAGAGGAAGCAUAUGACAAAUACUGUGCACUUGCUCUAUGUGUGAUGUUUAAUAAUAAUUUCGAGGAAAAAUUAAUCACUGAAGACGCUGAUAAAAAUUUCAAAACUGUUGUAAAGAAAACAUAUGAAGCUUUGAAAGUAGCGAAAUCAUUAACAUGGGUUCUUCAUGAUGAGCUUAAUUCUCUCACCAAUACCUUUAUCAAAAAGGAUGGUAAUGUGUAUCGCACAAUUGAUGACAAGUUUUUUGAAUUUCUUGUUCUUCAUUUUGCCAAUGUCAUGAUGAGUUGUUUAAUUGAUAAUGCUACUAGUCGUUUUAUCAGUGAAAGGUUUGUUUUCAAAAAUAGGGACACGAGUGAAAAGAUUGAAAUUACUGUACCAGAACCGUAUCAGGAAAGAUAUAUCAAUAGAAUGAUCUGUGAUUGGGAGAGAAAUGAAGUUGUUGAUGUGUUCUGUAAUAUCAAUAUGGACAACAAACUGUUCAGAAAUAGAUUUUUUGAACAUUUAAAAAGUUUGGAUAUUUCAAAACAGAAAAAAUUGGCAACUGCAUGUGAUAGAGUUAACAAUAUUACACCGCUGAUGCAGUGUUGUUUAGAUGGAGAUGAUGCUAUGAUUGAUUGGUGUCUACAUCAUUGUAUCGAUAAUGUUAAUUAUUGUCGACAUAAAGAUAAAGUAUCGGCUUUAUACAUUGCCUGUCAAAAAGGAUAUAAAAGUUUAGUGCAGCGAUUGAUAAAUAAUAAGGCAGAUGUUAAUGAGUGUACAUCCACUGGAUCAUCGCCUCUGCACAUUGCGUCUCAUGAGGAACAUGCUGACAUAGUUGAAAUAUUAAUAGAGAAUAAAGCAGACAUUUUAAAGUGUAAUGAUAAAGACGCAUCUCCUUUAUUAAUUGCUUGUCAAAAAGGUAAUUUGGCAAUAGUUGAAAAGUUAAUAGACCAUGAGGCAGACGUUGAUAAAUGUGCACGAGAUGGCGUAUCUCCGCUUUAUAUUGCUUGUCAAAAUGGACAUACAGACAUUGUUCAAAGGCUACUAGACUCGUCUGCAAUCAUUGAUAAGUAUACACAUGAUAACGUAUCGCCUCUUUACAUUGCUUGUCAAGAAGGACAUAAAGACAUUGUUCAAAAGCUACUUGACAAAUCUGCAAACGUUGAAAAGUGUGCACAUUAUGGCGUAUCUCCUCUUUAUAUUGCUUGUCAAGAAGGACAUACAGACAUUGUUCAAAUUCUACUAGACAAAUCUGCAAUCGUUGAUAAGUGUAGAAACACUGGAUCAUCGCCUUUGUACAUUGCUUGUCAGCAAGGUCAUUUUGAUGUGGUCCAAAAGUUGAUAGACAAGAAGGCAGACAUUAACAAGUGUACAAAUACUGGUUCCGAACCUUUGUUUGUGGCUUGUAAGGAAGGAUAUACUGCGGUAGUUCAAUUAGCGAUGAAUAAUAGAGCAAACAUAAAAAUUACCGCUGAUAAAAACGUAUCAUCUCUCGAUAUUGCGAGAGAGGAAAAUAACUUGAUAUACAAUAAAUUUAAAGAUAAGGGAGCAUCAUCUCUCUUCAUUGCUUGUCAGCAAGGACAUACGGAAAUUGUUCGCAUUUUGAUAAACAAUGAGGCAGAUAUCAAUAGGUGUGACAAAACUGAACAAUCACCAUUAUUCGUUGCUUGUCAGCAAGGACAUACGGAAAUUGUUCGCAUUUUGAUAAACAAUGAGGCAGAUACCAAUAUGCUUGACAAAACUGAACAAUCACCAUUAUUCGUUGCUUGUCAGCAAGGACAUACGGAUAUUGUUCGCAUUUUGAUAAACAAUGAAGCAAAUAUCAAUAGGUGUGACAAAAUUGAACAAUCACCAUUAUUGGUUGCUUGUCAAAACAGACAUACUGCAGUUGUUAAACUGUUAGUCAAUAUCAAUAUUAAUAUGUGUACUCUUACUGGGGUCUCACCUCUGUUCGUUGCUUGUCAGAAAGGGUAUACUGAAGUAGUUGAAAUAUUGAUAAUUGGGUCGGCAAACAUUAAUAAGUGUAAUGAUGAUAAAGUUUCUCCUCUUUAUAUUGCUUGUCAGGAAGGACAUUCUGAAGUAGUUAAUUUGUUGAUAAACAACAAUGCAGACAUUAAUAGGUGUAAUGCUGAAGACGUGUCACCUUUGUUCAUUGCUUGUCAAAAAGGCCACACUUUAAUAGUAGAGUUGUUAAUAACGAAUGAGGCAGUCAUUGAUAAGUGUGUCAAUAAAGGAUUAUCCCCUCUAUACAUUGCUUGUCAAAAUGGACACACUAAAGCGGUUCAAAUGUUGAUUGACAAAAAUGCAGACAUAAAUAGAUGUAAAGAUACUGGAGCCUCGCCUCUUUUCAUUGCAUGUCAAAACGGACAUACUGAAAAUGUUCAACUAUUAAUUAACAAUAAUGUAGAUAUCAAUAAGUGCACGCGUACUGGGGCAUCGCCUCUGUUCAUUGCCUGUCUUGAAGGACACACUCAUAUUGUUGAGAAAUUAAUACACCAUAAUGUAGAUAUCAAUAAGUGCAUCGAUACUGGAUCAUCUCCACUGUGCGUUGCUUGUUUGAACGGACAUACUUCUGUUGUUCAUCUGUUAAUUAACAAUAAUGUAGAUAUUGAUAAGUGCCCUGAUACUGGAGCGUCGCCUCUGUUUAAUGCCUGUUAUAACGGGCAUACUAAUAUAGCAGAAAAGCUGAUAGAGAUUGGGGCAGAUAUAAAUAAGUGCAGUAAUUAUGAAGAAUCACCUCUAUACAUUGCUUGUCAAGAAGGACAUACUGAAGUAGUUCAGGUGCUAAUAAAAAAUGAUGCAGACAUUACUAAAUGUACCAAAAACGACGUAUCACCUCUAUUCAUUGCCUGUCAGCAAGGACACAUUGAUAUAGUAAUUGUUCUAAUAAGCAAAAUGGCAAAUAUUAAUGAAUGCAACGGUAAAGGUGUAUCCCCUCUGUCCAUUGCUUGCCAGAAAAACCACAUUGAGUUAGUUCAACUUUUAAUAAACAAUAAGGCUGACAUUAAUAAAUGUGAUGAUGAAGAUGUAUCACCUCUGUUCAUGGCAUCUCAGGAAGGUUUCACAUUAGUGGUUAAAAUGUUAAUUAAUAAUGGGGCAGUGGUUAAUAAGUGCAAUAAUGAAGAUGCAUCACCUCUAUUCAUUGCCUGUGAACAAGGACAUAUUGAAAUCGUUCGGUUAUUAGUAAAAAAUAAUGCAGAUCCAAAUAAAUGCAGAAUAACAAGAGCAUCCCCUCUUUUUAUUGCCUGUCAGAAAGGACAUACCGAAAUAGCUAAGAUAUUAAUAAACAAUAACGCAGAGAUCAAUAAGUGUACAUAUACUAGGUCAUCACCUUUAUUCAUUGCUUGUAAGAAAGGACACAUCAGUUUGGUUGAGAUAUUAAUAAAAAACGGAGCAAACAUCAAUAAGUGUACAAGUAAUAAGUCAACACCUCUGUACAUUGCGCGUCUAGAAAGACACCCUGAAGUAGUUCGGAUGUUAUUAAACAAUAAGGCAGGCAUGAAUAGGUAUACAGAAAAUGUGGCAUCUCCUCCAGUGAUUGAUUCUGAUUAGGGCGCAAAGGGCGCACGCAUCCCUUUUAAUCGGGAAAAUGAAUAUUUUUGGCUAAAUAAUCGUUAAAUAUAUUAGUAUUAUCUAUAACAAUUAGCUACCUCUUUCGUUGUAACCUACAUCUGUCCAUGUCCUCUGUAAAUUGAUUGUCAGAAUGAACAUGCGAAAGCAAUUACGCUGUAUCACAGUAAGGCAGAUUUUCAUCAAUGUAAAAAAUUGAUCAACGCCUUUGAUCGUUGCUACACAGAAAGGACAUGCUGCAGAACUUCAGAUGUUUAAAAACAAUCAUACAGAUAUAUGUGUUCUUAUGAUGAUGCAUAAGUAGGUACAUGAACAGAGCGAAGCUACCAAUACAUAAUGAUAUUGGAAGGAUUUUGUUUUAAAGAAUAGAUCAUCGCCUCUCUUCAUUGAUUGCCAGGAAAGUAAUUUUCAGUGGAAUCUGCAGGACUUUACCUCUUACAUCACAAAAAAGUAAUUAUAGUGAAAUUUAAUUGGUGAUUAUAUGGUUGUUACAUAAUUCAAGGAGAAGACGUUCAUCUACAAACACUUAUGAUUUAUCUUGAAAUUACAAUUUGUUACAGAUUAGUGGUACCUAUUGUAAAUGAAAAUAACACUUCAAAAUUUGUAUGCCUCCGAAGCCCUUUUAUGGAUUUACCUUUACUAGAAAUGCAAUACAAAUCGAAUGUCAAGGGUGUAUUAAACUACUAUCGAUUUAAUGUUAAAGACUCACAACAUGUGAAGAGCUAUAUGACUAAAAAGGGACAUAACUAUAAUAGCCAAAGGCCAUUUUGUUUUACAGACAGAAUCCAAUGAUCUAAAAAUGUACCUAUAGCACAUACCGAACAUAUAGAGUACAUAUUUGCCUAUUGUAAAUGCAGGAGCAUAUAAACCAUAUUUGACCAUCUAUUAAUGUAAUGUUCAUUCCUUAUCGUCAUUUUUAUUUACAUAAUGGAGCAUAUUAAUUAUUCUGGUUCCCAUUGUACAUACUAGAAAAAUGUGUGUACUGAAUCAUUUUUGCUGGUGACUAUUCCAGUACAGGAUUAAAUUAAUAUGCUGGUCCUCCAUUGAUCAUAGAGCAGCAAAAGAAUUUGACUACUACCAAAAAAAACAAAAAAACGCAUGAAUAAAAAGAAAAAGGUUAUACGUCUAUAAUAUAUAAAAGAACAACGUUCCAAUGUUCCCUGUGUUGCACAUGUUUUAUCUGUCCAAGGGCAAUAGCACAAAUAAAAUUGUGUUUUUAUUUCUUUUAAA